UCUUCAUCUGUCAUUUUCAUUGUUCUUGCGUGCUUUCCACAGACAAACAAAGAAUCACACUGUCUACUAAAGAAGAUCAAUUGGGUCUGUUUGGUAAUUUCGCAUGAACUGAGAAAAGCUAUGCCACAAGAUUCUCAGGAGAAGAUAAACACAGUUGAGCAAUGGAAAUGGUCUGAAAUCCAAGGCCUUGAGCUUCUUUCAAAACCCAAUAAUAAUAAUAAUAUUAGUUCCCCUGCAAAAAUGGAAACAACUUCAAAUCCUAAGAAACAAGACGAAUCUCUUCCUUCAAUAAGUUUCUUUCAGCUUUUCAGAUUUGCAGAUGGAUUGGAUUAUGUUCUAAUGGCUAUAGGUACAAUUGGAGCAAUUAUUCAUGGCAGUUCACUUCCUCUGUUUCUCCGAUUCUUUGCCGAUCUUGUUAAUUCAUUUGGGUCUAAUUCAAACAACAUGGAUAAAAUGACCCAAGAAGUCAUCAAGUAUGCAUUUUACUUUCUUAUCGUUGGAGCUGCAAUAUGGGCAUCUUCAUGGGCGGAGAUAUCUUGUUGGAUGUGGACUGGAGAAAGACAAUCAACAAAGAUGAGAAUCAAGUUUCUUGAAUCAGCACUUAACCAAGACAUUCAAUAUUUCGACACUGAAGUUCGAACUUCCGACGUUGUUUUCGCCAUCAACACUGAUUCUGUUCAUGUUCAAGACGCCAUUAGCGAGAAGUUGGGUAACUUUCUACACUACAUGGCAACCUUUGUAUCUGGAUUUGUGGUCGGAUUCACAGCAGUUUGGCAGUUGGCUUUGGUUACAAUAGCAGUUGUUCCUCUAAUAGCUGUGAUCGGAGGUAUUCACGCCGCCACUUUGGCUAAACUUUCCGGCAAGGCACAGAAUGCUCUUUCUGAAGCAGGAAAUAUUGCAGACCAGGCAAUUGUACAAAUUCGGACAGUUUUGGCAUUUGUGGGUGAAUCAAGAGCUUUGCAAGGGUAUUCAGCUUCUUUAAAAAUUGCUCAAAGGUUGGGUUAUAAGAGUGGUUUUUCAAAGGGUCUAGGAUUGGGAGCUACUUAUUUCACUGUGUUCUGCUGCUACGCACUUCUUCUUUGGUAUGGUGGGUACUUGAUCAGACACCGUUAUACCAACGGUGGACUUGCUUUAGCCACCAUGUUUGCUGUCAUGAUCGGAGGAUUGGCUCUUGGUCAGUCAGUACCAAGUAUAGGUGCAUUUGCAAAGGCUAAGGCUGCUGCGACCAAAAUUUAUCGAAUAAUCGAUCACAAGCCAACUGUCAACAAAAAUAACGAGUCGGGUCUUGAAUUAGAGACUGUAACAGGGCAGCUUGAGCUGAAAAGUGUUGAUUUUGCGUACCCAUCAAGGCCGGAAGUUCAGAUUCUUAGCAAAUUUUCCUUAACAGUUCCAUCUGGAAAGACCAUUGCUUUGGUUGGAAGCAGUGGAUCUGGCAAAAGCACAGUUGUCUCCCUCAUUGAGAGAUUCUAUGAUCCUUUAUCAGGUGAAGUUCUUCUUGAUGGGCAUGAUAUAAAGACACUAAAGCUUAGAUGGCUAAGACAGCAGAUUGGUUUGGUUAGCCAAGAGCCUGCUCUGUUUGCCACCACCAUUAGAGAAAACAUAAUCCUUGGCCAGCCAGAUGCAACCUUAGUCGAGAUCGAGGAAGCUGCUCGUGUGGCAAAUGCCCAUUCGUUCAUCGCCAAGCUCCCCGAUGGCUAUGACACACAGGUUGGGGAAAGAGGAUUGCAACUAUCAGGUGGGCAAAAGCAAAGAAUUGCUAUAGCUAGGGCGAUGCUUAAGAACCCGUCAAUCUUGCUUUUAGAUGAGGCUACGAGUGCACUCGAUUCCGAGUCGGAAAAGCUGGUCCAAGAAGCUCUAGAUCGUUUCAUGAUCGGUAGGACAACCCUUGUUAUUGCUCAUCGCCUCUCCACCAUUCGAAAAGCGGACCUUGUGGCAGUAAUUCAGCAGGGAAGUGUAUCGGAAAUCGGAGCACACGAUGAUCUCAUUGCCAAAGGAGACGACAGCGUGUAUGGGAAACUCAUUCGCAUGCAAGAAGCUGCUCACGAAACUGCCAUUAGUAACGCCAGAAAGAGCAGCGCCAGGCCUUCUAGUGCGAGGAAUUCCGUGAGCUCUCCUAUAAUAACACGAAACUCGUCGUAUGGAAGAUCGCCUUACUCUCGCAGGUUAUCAGACUUCUCCACAUCGGAUUUCAGUCUUUCAUUGGAGGCUGCUUAUCCAAACUUCCGCCACGAAAAACUUGCAUUCAAGGAGCAAGCGAGUUCCUUCUUGCGUCUCGCGAAAAUGAACUCCCCCGAAUGGCCUUACGCGUUAAUCGGUUCGAUAGGCUCAGUUGUUUGCGGCUCUCUAAGUGCUUUCUUCGCGUAUGUCCUCAGCGCGGUCCUCAGCGUCUAUUACAAUCCAGACCAUGCUUAUAUGAUCAAGCAAAUCGGAAAAUAUUGCUAUCUUCUCAUCGGGCUAUCCUCGGCCGCUCUUAUAUUCAAUACGCUACAACAUUUCUUCUGGGAUGUCGUCGGGGAGAAUUUGACGAAAAGGGUGAGGGAGAAAUUAUUGGCGUCGGUUUUGAAGAACGAAAUUGCAUGGUUCGAUCAAGAGGAGAACGAGAGCUCGAGAAUCGCGGCUCGUUUGGCUCUCGACGCUAACAACGUUAGGUCCGCGAUUGGUGAUCGGAUUUCAGUGAUCAUGCAGAACUCGGCGCUCAUGUUGGUUGCAUGCACGGCUGGUUUUGUUUUGCAAUGGCGACUUGCUCUCGUGCUCGUAGCCGUCUUCCCUGUUGUAGUGGCUGCCACCGUUCUCCAGAAAAUGUUCAUGACGGGUUUCUCGGGCGACUUGGAAGCUGCACACGCUAAAGCAACGCAGCUAGCCGGAGAGGCGGUGUCCAACAUGAGAACUGUGGCGGCAUUCAAUUCGGAGUUGAAAAUUGUUAAUCUUUUUCGCGAUAACCUUAAGGGUCCUCUAAGACGAUGUUUUUGGAAGGGACAAAUAGCGGGAAGCGGAUACGGAAUUGCUCAAUUCUCGUUAUAUGCUUCCUACGCUUUAGGCCUAUGGUACGCUUCAUGGCUCGUGAAGAACGGGAUCUCCGACUUCUCGAAAACCAUCCGAGUCUUCAUGGUCCUCAUGGUUUCCGCAAAUGGAGCCGCGGAAACACUCACAUUGGCCCCGGAUUUCAUCAAAGGCGGACGAGCAAUGAAAUCAGUUUUCAAUCUUCUCGACCGCAAAUCCGAAAUCGACCCAGACGAUCCGGACACGGUCCCCGUCCCGGAUUCUCUCCGCGGAGAAGUCGAGUUUAAACACGUCGACUUCUCCUAUCCAUCUAGACCCGACAUGCAAAUCUUUCGAGACUUAUCCCUCCGGGCCCGUGCAGGCAAGACGUUAGCCCUCGUGGGCCCCAGCGGCUGCGGGAAGAGCUCGGUCAUUGCUCUCGUGCAACGCUUCUACGAGCCGUCCUCCGGUCGAGUCAUGAUUGACGGAAAAGACAUCCGAAAGUACAAUCUCAAGUCACUUAGGCAACACAUUGCAAUAGUCCCCCAAGAACCGUGCCUUUUCGCUACAACCAUAUUCGAAAACAUAGCCUACGGGAGAGAAUCCGCAACCGAGGCUGAAGUCAUCGAAGCCUCGACCUUAGCUAACGCCCACAAGUUCAUCUCGUCGCUCCCCGACGGGUACAAGACAUUCGUCGGGGAAAGAGGAGUUCAACUAUCUGGAGGUCAGAAACAGAGGAUAGCCGUUGCCAGAGCUUUCGUAAGGAAAGCGGAAAUAUUGCUUCUGGACGAGGCAACAAGUGCACUGGACGCAGAGUCUGAGAGAUGUGUACAUGAUGCAUUAGAAAAAGCUGCUUCUGGGAAAACCACGAUCGUGGUUGCUCAUAGGCUAUCGACGAUCAGAAACGCGCAUGUGAUUGCGGUUAUAGACGAUGGAAAGGUAGCCGAGCAAGGGUCUCAUUCUCAAUUGUUGAAGAACUAUCCGGAUGGGGUAUAUGCCCGAAUGAUACAAUUGCAGAGGUUUACACAAGGGCAGGCUGUUACCAUGGCUACCGGUUCGAGCUCAUCGUCGCAGCAGCAGCAGCAGCCGAGGGAAGAAGGGGAGCAAUGAAAGGGGACAAUCAUGGCUCAAUUCAAAUAUUUUUUUGGGGGGGAAUUUUAACAGAAUAUGUUAUGGGUUUAGUAGUAUAAUGAUGUAUGAUUGAUUUAAGUUUGCUGUUUUUACUUACUAUGAAAAAACUAAAGAAUUUUUUUUGAACAUGGCACAAGGUUGUGAUGAAAUGAAACAGAGUUCAAACA